AUGAGACGAGAGGUUUCGGAAGUUUGCUCGACUUCGAAAAGUGAUGAAAAACACUCUGAAAUGUUUCUCGAUGAGCCGAAAUCGAAGCAUCGCGUCAUGAAUAAGAGUGAACAUCUUCGCACGUUCUACGAACACCUCGUGUGGAAAAACUCGACGGUCGAACUGGACGACGCGCUAACGGCGAAACGUCUUGUCGAUAACGAGUGCUCGAACUGGCCACAGAUGCAGUUCCAGUUCGCUUGUAUGUACGCGUUCACUUCCUUAAUCGAGGACAACUUUCGUUUCGACAAGUACCGCCGUAUCACAUUAAGGAAGCAACUGUCGGAUCACCCAGUUUACGACUUCUGGUUGACUUUACUGGAUAGUACCUGGGAGGUUUUCUUCAAUACAGAAAAUCGGGUACCCAAUCAGAAGCUGAUGUUAUGCUUUCAAUUCGCCAUUCGACACGGUUACUGUCAGCUGGUAGAGUAUAUCUGGGAUAAAAUCGACAACAAUACGAGAGAGUACAUAGGUCUUCUGCAAUGGCGAGCGUUGUGCUUUCGAGCCAGAGAUCGUGACACGAUGCGGUUUCUCUGCACUCGUCUCUGUCACAUGAAUCCAGUGGGCAUGGCCCGAAUCUCGUGGACCAUCUUCUUCGACACUUUCUACAAUUCUAUUAAUAACGAGGAAAGCGAUAUCGUCGUCGAAAACAAAUUCCGAAAAAGGCUAGAAUUUCUCAUUGAAAACUGUUGCUCAGAACUGAGACGACGACUAUUGAAAAUGGAAAACUUUAGGUGA